AUUUAAUGGUUUGUCAGCAAAUUUUAAAAAAAGUUUAAUGUAUUUAAUCAUUUUCAACAGAAUAAAUCCAGGAAAAUUAAUAAAUGUUCAGACAAAGCUAGAAGCUUUUUUAGCUCAAGAGCAAGAGCUGAAAGAACGAGCACAACGAUGCUUUGUGUCCUAUAUCCGUUCAGUUUACCUCAUGAAGAACAAAGAUGUUUUUGAUGUUUUCGCAAUGCCAUUAAAGGAAUAUGCAUUCUCCCUAGGCCUUGCUGUAGCUCCUCGAAUUAGAUUUCUUCAAAAAGCACUAAAAAGGAGCAAGGUACCUUGCACAGGAGAUGUAGUACAAGGUACAGAUACUGUGGCUGAAAGUUUACAGGAAGAUGUUUCAGAUGCUGAUGAGGAAUUGGAAGAUUUUAAGGCUCAAUUUAGGGAACACAAACCCUCUUCCCAAAUGGAGUCCAGGGAGAAAACUGAAGAUGGAAAAGCUGUUGAGGGAAGUGUGUAUGAUGAAAACCAAGAAUCCAGUGAUGAUGGAAAUCUAAGUGACCAAAAUGCUGAAGUAGAGAAGGAUGAGGGAACAAUCCCUCUUCAGUUUUGGAAUGAUGAUGGUGAUGACAAUGAUGAACUUGACCUGCUGACUGUGAAACGGAGGAAUGUUUUUGGCUUUGAAGCUGAAGAAAAGACAGUGAGUAUGGUUUUCUUUCAUAUUAAG